UGAGGUUAUUAAGACGGUAUGAAGUUUUGAUUUAAACACCACUAUCGGGGGGAUUUUUAUAAUUGUAUUACACAUGUAUAUGUGCCAAAUUUCAGCAAGCUGGAUUCGCAUAUGUGUUGUGCAGCAAAAUAUUCUUCUCUAAUAUUAAUAGCUGAUUUUAAUUAAUUAUAAUCCGCUGGACAACUUUCCAUGCUCUUAGCUUACAAUCGUGACUCUAAAUGGCGUAAAAAUGCUAUGAAAGAACUGCGAAGAUAUGAAUGAGAGUAUUGGCCCCAAUAAGAACUAUGGCGGAUAAAGAUGCCGUAAAACCCCACACUUACUUGUCAACAUUUAUGGAAUAAAAUUAUAAGUAUUCACCUCCUGAAAGAUGUCGACAGCCAUUGAAAAACUGAAAGUGAAAGGAGCACCAGCACCGCGAAAUACGCCUGCGUCAUCUCCGGUAAUGGCGACGUCACGAGCCAAUCGACCAAUGGUAACAAGCACUAUACUGACAUUAGAUAAAUCCUAUGAAAUAAUCCUGAAGCAGACGUCACGCCAUUCUCUGGAAUUGGCCGCGGCAGGAAUGUCGGCUGCUUCCAGAAGAAUGGAGUAUCUGGGACGUCUGCAACAUGCUAAUUUUGGUAUAUCUACCAUGGACUCGCCGUUUAUUGUGUGUGAAGAUAGUGUUAUUGAGGAAAAACCUUUUUUCGUUCUCUGUGGGCAACCAGUAAACGGCGUGUCAACAAAAUCUCUCGAGAAAUAUCUCUCUGAUAAUAGGACAGGGAAUUUCAAAACGUCUGCCCAUGAAAUGUACAAGGUGCGGCACGGAGUUAAAACGGCAAAAGUGCGAACGGAACCUCCGUUUCUAGUGUCUCGGGCAAGGAGGGCAAAAUCCGAUCUUGUGGAUUAUUCUAGUCAUCGAUCAGAUGUCCGUGUCGGGCUGUCGUCAGCAGCAUCUAGGAAGCCAUUAUCAGAAUCCAACUCCAAUGCAACUCCGAUUGAGCUAACUACCAAAUCUUUUAAAGGAGUAAACGAAUCCGAAAAAGUAUCAAGCCAUCCUAGAUCAGCGGAUUAUAUGGCUUUCCGGCCAGUAAAGUCCAGUACCAAAAUGAUGACAAGGCACGAGAUGACGGAGAAAAUUAUAAAAGAUCAUGAGUCUGGAAAAGCCCUGUUGACAUGCAUCCAUGUCAAUCACCAUACCCCGGGGAAUAUCCGAAACCACGAGGACGAUGAAAACUUCCUGUCGCAGAGUAAGGCUUUCUCCUCCCACAAUGGAUUGCGUACCUUUAACAAUCCUUAUAGAAAUCUUAAACAUAGGGAAAACGUGAUCAUGAAAGACAGAAAAACAGAUAUGAAGUCUGUCCGAAAGAUUGCAAAAUUGCCACCAGAUUUACAUAUGACCCAAAGCGGGAAACAAAUGACCUUGCCCAAAAAUAUACUCAGAGUGCCAAAUCCUUGCUCUGACACCUUUGUGUUGCAAAUGCUAGUCACAGCCAAUAAUCCUAAAGUAUAUCACUCUCCCCUUCCGCGGACGUCGUCAGGAAAGUACUCAGACAUUGCUCUGCAGCGAGACUUGGAUGACUACGUUCAAGUGAGGACUCCCUCGAUACCCCCCAAAUCCCCGGCAGUGCCAAUCAAAUCUCCCGACCAGAAGACGGUGAAAAGUGCGAAAAGUAACCACCUGAUGGAGGACGAGGAGGACUGGGCAGGGGACACCGCAAGGGAAGAUGAUGACGUUACUUCGUGACGUCAUUAACUAA